UUCUUUCACUCAUGCUGUAUUGAUUGUAUUUUCUUUGCUCAUGCCUUAUUUUUGUUGUUCAAGACUUGAUGAUUGGUGUUGGUGAAUAAAGCGAAAAGUAUUACAUAGAAAAAGGGAUUCGCUUAAGUAGAAUUUACCAUUCAUAGCACAGUUCACAAGGGUUAUUAAACAACACUGUAGCUCGAUCUUGGUCAAUUUCUAAGGAGUCUAAUAUUCAACCAUUAUCAUGGCUGAAGAGGCGCCUCAAGAGAAGAAAGCUCCUAUGACAGACGAAGAGAGGCUUGCGUUAUGUCAGAAGCUUGAUCAGGAACUCGACGACUUCAUAAACAGCUUAGAAAAGAAGAGGUAUACAGAAGGAUGGCCAGAAGACCGAUGGGAGGAAGAAAUGGACAAGCAUCCAUUUUUCAUGAAAACAGUACCAGAGAAUGGUGAUAUAUCACCACUAGCCGAGGGGCUUGCAAAACUAAAAUAUGAUCCUGAGGAAAAUACACCCGUGGAACUGGCUACCAGUUACAAAGAGGACGGGAACUUCAAUUUUAAACACAAGAAUUAUCGCUUAGCGAUAUUAGGGUAGGUUUGAACUAUAUUCUCUUAAAAACUA